ACCCAGGGCCGGGAGGAAGCAAUGGCACAUGGGCACACAUCGCCGGAAGGGCUGCAGCAAGAAGGAUGUAAACACCCCAAGGAGUGCCGCAGCUAAAGAAGCCUCUUCAGAGACAAGUGAAUGAAGGCAUCUUUCCACAGAUGGAGGUGACUCAGUGGAAGGGGCAGGAGAUGGAAGAGCAGGACCCAGAAGGAGCUGGGACUGGCAAGAGAGCAAGCAAAGGCCUCGUUCCCCUCCAAGCUGGGAGUGGGGUUGAAUUCUGGGACAGGGCUGGGACAGAGACCCUGGCUGAGGACACCAUGACUUCAGAUGUAUGUUGCCAGUGGUUCCGGCAAUUCAGCUACCAUGAGUCUGAUGGGCCCCGAGAGGUUUGCAGCCAGCUCCAUGGACUUUGCAGGCAGUGGCUGGAGCCGGAGAGGCACACCAAGAAGCAGAUCGUGGACCUGGUGAUCCUGGAGCAGUUCCUGACUCUCCUGCCCCAGGAAAUGCAGGGCUGGGUCAGAGGAUGUGGGCCGGAGACCAGUUCCCAGGCGGUGGCCCUGGCCGAAGGUUUCCUCCUGAGCCAGGCAGAGGAGAAGAGGCAGGCAGGACAGAUGUGGGCCUCAUCCUUGAAGAAAGAAGCUACAUUCCUUGAGAUGAAAGGAGCUUCCUUGGAGCAAGGGCAGAGGGCGCAGGCCGUGGAGUGUGCCCAAAAUGCCGUGUCCUGUGGAACAGGCAGUGGAGAGAUGCCGUUGAGCCGUCGUCUUUUCAGAUGUGUGGAAACGGCUGCUGCACCUCCAGCCCAGGGCCCCUUUUCCUUUGAGGAGGUGUCCGUCUCUCUCUCUGAGGCAGAGUGGUCCCUGCUGGAUCCGGGACAGAGAGCUCUCUACCGGGAAGUCAUGCUGGAGAACUAUGAGAAUGUGGCUUCUCUGGCAGAGGCUGAACAGAGGAAUGAGGAGGGUGAGGAACUUCAUCAGCAAUUACAAGAUGGAGUUAAUAAUGAAGACAUGAAAGGAACUAUCAUGGAUAAAUGCAGACGUAAAAGAAAGAAAGAAAGCUGUUUGGUUGAGAAGAGAGAUGGAAGACAGUGUAACAUACAUUUUCCAAAGCAAAAUAUAAUGAAGAAAAUUAAAUCCAUUCAGUGUGGAAAGUACUUCAAACAUAGAUCACAGCUUCACAGAGGAGAGAAACCUUUAAAGUGCAGAAAGAGGAUCAGUCAGAGUAGCAAUCUCCAACAGGAAAGAAUACACAAGGAUAAACCUUUUGAACGCUCAGAAUGUGGAAAAAGAUUCAGUCAGAGUGGUAGUCUUCAAAACCAUCAAAGAACCCAUACAGGGGAGAAGCCUUUUGAAUGCUCAGAGUGUGGAAAGAUAUUCAGACGGAAUGAUAGUUUUCAAAGACAUCAAAGAACUCACACAGGAGAGAAACCUUUUGAAUGCUUGGAGUGUGGAAAGAGAUUCAGUCGGAAUGACAGACUUCGACAGCAUCAAAUAACUCACACAGGGGAGAAACCUUUUGAAUGCUCAGAGUGUGGGAAGAGAUUCAUUCAAAGUGGCGAUCUUCAUUCACACCGAAGAACCCACACAGGAGAGAAACCUUUUGAAUGCUCAGAGUGUGGAAAGAGAUUCAGUCAGAGUGGCAAUCUUCAGUUGCAUCAAAGAAUCCACACAGGGGAGAAACCUUUUGAAUGUUCAGAGUGUGGAAGGAAAUUCAGUCGGAGUGACCAUCUUCAACAGCAUCAAAGAACCCACACAAGGGAGAAACCUUUUGAAUGCUCAGAGUGUGGAAGGACAUUCAGUUGGAAUGGCAGUCUUCAAGAGCACCAAAGAGUCCACACAGGGGAAAAACCUUUUGAAUGCUCAGAGUGUGGAAAGACAUUCAGUAGGAGUAGAACUCUUCAGUAUCAUCAAGCAAUCCACACAGGGAAGAAACCUUUUGAAUGCGCAGAGUGUGGAAAGAGAUUUAGUGAGAGGGGGACUCUUCGAAAGCAUCAGAGAACCCACACAGGAGAGAAACCUUUUCAAUGCUCAGAGUGUGGAAAGAGAUUUAGUGAGAGGGGGACUCUUCGAAAGCAUCAGAGAACCCACACAGGAGAGAAACCUUUUCAAUGCUCAGAGUGCGGAAAGAGAUUCAUUCAGAAUGGCAGUCUUCAGGAGCAUCAAAGGACCCACACAGGGGAGAAACCUUUUGAAUGCUCAGAGUGUGGAAAGAGAUUCAGUCAGAGUAGCAAUCUUCAACGGCAUCAAAGAACCCACACAGGGGAGAAACCUUUUGAAUGCUCAGAGUGUGGAAAGAGAUUCAUUCAGAGUGGCAGUCUUCAGUAUCAUGAAAAGACUCAUACAGGGGAGAAACCUUUUGAAUGCUCAAGAGCGUGGAAAGAGACUCAGUUGGAGUAG